AUGUGUGAAUACGCAGAGACUCCCAGCACCGAGUCAGAAACCGACGGAUGGGACUCCACUGAAAACGAACAUCUUGAACUUACAUCCGCCAGGCCCAAGUGUCCAUAUGCUCGGAACCCUGGUGCCGCUUCAUCUACUCGUUCCUCUGAGCUGAUAAACAAUCCCAAGAUGUCCUGGCCCAAGCCGAUCUCAGCCUGUCUGGUGGAUCCAUUCGACACGCUACCUAUCGAAGUCGACGAGGUUACCAACCAACUGCUACACUUCUAUGGACAGGAUAGCUAUUGGCAGACCGCAUAUUCGUUGUCUCCAAAGAUUCGACCUAGCAUUAAAGGUUCCUGGGAAUAUCAGGCAGGAGUAUGCGUGACUCACUUUCAUAUUCUGAUGGCCCGCUCGGCCUUGCAUCAAUUGCGUAUGAACGAAUAUGCAACUUUCACUACUCGGAAGCAUCUGGAAUAUGCGGCCUUGAAACACCAAGGUAGCGCAGUGACGGUCUUGAGACGAGAGGUCUCUCGCGGCCAUCAAGCUGACCGGAUGGCGAUCUUAACCUCGGUCAUCAGCCUCGCCACAUUUGAGCAACGGUACGGCGAGCGUGCAAAUGCAGUACUGCAUUUCAAGGCGGGCAGAGACAUUGUCAAGCAGAUGGGUUUCGCAGACGGACUCAAUGGCCGGCUAAGAGAGGAACAGGCACUCUGGUUCGAGGGCAUCUAUAAAGACCCAGAGGCCUCAUUCAUCUGGGGCAAGGAGGACGCAACGAAGCGGCUAAGCUGGCUGAGAAGGCUCCUGGGAGAAGUUGAUCGGAUCUGGCGAGAUCGGCAAUUGCUGCCGUUGGAAGAGAAGGGUCCCUUCGUCGCGGAAGAUACCAGACUGCACGAGUUCCUUUACCGGAACACAGCGGGACGAUUCGUUAGUGUCUACGGCGACAUCGACGAAGACGUGGCCCAGCAGCGAUGUGUGCUGAUUGUUGUUUCUAUUAUCACCGGACUGUACAGCCAGUUGGAAGGCAAAAGUCACAUCCAAGCAGCCGCGCAAGCCCAGGUACUCAGGGGUGCGAUCAUAGGAUAUGUCAGCUGGAUCGAGAAUAUGCUCGUGGAGCAUGAUCUGGGCGAAACCCAAGCCGUGGCAGACAUGCUUUGGGUAAUGCUUCAAAAUUACUGGGAAAUUAAGCCCCGAGGCUUGACUGUCGCGUCGAUGCAGGCGCUGCAGCGUCUUGAUCUUCGUGACUGUCACUGGCGCGCCUGUGGCAUCGCGAACGUCGUCAAGUAUCUCCCUGUGAAGCGCCAGUCGAGUCUCAGAGACUUACUUCGCGCGUUUAUUGGAGGCAAGCCAUAUGAAAGAAAGCUGAAAUUUAAUGAGUUUGAAUUUAGUUACGCAGGUGUUUCAUGA